UUGCCCAACAGGCGCUCGUGUCUCUGUUGUUUCUUUCAAUACCAACAUGCACUACCUCAUCCGAUUCUCUGAAUUCCAAAAAAACAACUUGCUGCUACAAGCAGUCCAGAGAAUCCCACUAGAGAGAUCCAGUGGAAAACGAAAUAUUGGGGCAGCCAUGAGAUUUGUUGCAAGAAAUGUCUUCAAACGUGUUCGUCAGGGCAUCCUCACAAGAAAAGUUGCCCUAUUUUUUGCCAAUGGUCCAUCGCAGGAUGAUGUUGCCAUCAGCACUGCUGUGCUUGAGUUGAGUGCUUUGGAUAUCACUCCAGUGGUCAUUGCCUUCAGUGAAGUGCCAAAUGUCAGACGUGCCUUCUCUAUUGAUGACACAAGGAGAUUUCAAUUAUUUGUUUGGGAAAGACAACAAGAUGAAAAUUUGGACGCCAUCACAUAUUGUACACUUUGCUUUGACAAAUGUAAUCCAAGAACCAACUGUGAGGUGCCUUUUUCUCCCCUGGUUCAGAUGGAUAUGGAUAUAACUUACAUCAUGGAGAGCUCUCGCAGCAUUAGCAGUGAAGAGUUUCAGACAACCAAAGACUUCGUGAGCAACAUGUUGGAUCAGUUUGUUGUUUCCUCACAGCCAAAUGAAUCAUAUGGAGGCAUCAGAGUGGCACUGGUGCAGCAGGCUCCCAGGGGCUUCCUGCCUGACAGAAACCAGACACCCGUGGCACUGGAGUUUGACCUAGUCACAUACAACAACAAAGAUUUGAUGAAGAAACACAUCCAAGAGUCUGUUCACCAGCUGGAAGGGCCGUCAGCCAUUGCUUCUGCUCUACAGUGGACAGUCGAAAAUGUAUUCUUUAAAGCUCCCAGACAAAGAAAACACAGGGUCAUAUUUACAAUAGUUGGAAGCAAAACAAGCUCGUGGGACAGAGAAAGGCUGAGAGAGAUUUCACUCGGAGCCAAGUGCCAAGGAUUCACCUUGUUCACUCUUGCACUUGGCAGUGGUGUGAGUGACAAUGAGCUGAUGGAACUGUCCAGCUCCCCCACAGACCAGCACUCACUAACACUGGGCAGGGUUUCCAAACCGGAGAAGGUGUAUGCUCAGAGGUUUAGCCGGGCAUUCCUAAAUCUUCUAGAGCAAGAAAUGAACAGUUAUCCCUCACCUGAACUUCAAGUGGAGUGUGAAAACUUAGACCGAGGAGACAUACAACAGGAAGCAUCCAUGACUGAAAGGAUACCUUUUCCUGAAAUGGCUGAAAGGGGUUCCCGUCAAGUUUUAGAAGACAUGGAAAAAAUUGAAAGUAGAGUGAUGAAGAGUAUAAAAGAGAGCGCUAAAGAACCUGUAUACACAAUGCCAGAAAUGAGAGAUGAUUAUGAGGAGAAUGAGUAUUUCACAGAGGAAAAUGCUAAAAGGGAAAAACCUCAAGAGUGUGGAAAAGUUCAGGAGAAGAACAAGAAAAACUUAGAGAAAACAACAGAAACUAGAGGUGCCUGUAAUGAUUAUGAUGCAUGUGACCUUGUUCAAGAUAGUGGAGAAUGUCAGAAUUACAUUUUGAAGUGGUACUACAACAAAGAGCAGAAAAUGUGUGGUCAGUUCUGGUAUGGGGGCUGUGGAGGCAAUAAAAAUAGAUUUGAAACACAAGAAGAAUGUGGAUUCUUGUGUAUAGAGUCCUCCUAGUGCAGAGGCACUUAAAUUACUUUAACUCUUCAUUUAGAUUAUCAAUGUGGAAAAGGCAUUCAAAGAGGAAGUUUUACAU